AUUCACCUUUGAUACAUGUACUUGCGACUUGGUAUCAUCAGCUCAGCUACCCCUAGAUCUACUGCUCACCAUCUAACAAAGUAGAGAAAUACAGUACCACCAGCCAGCAGCCCAUUACUUUAUAAUAAGUACUUUAGUAGCACGCCCUUUUCUCUUUGUGCAGCCACCCAAUCACACCCACUGUCUAUUCCCAUUCUUCGUACCAGUAGUAGUCUGUUGACUUGUGGGAGUAUUUGGGUUUUGUGAAGAUGUCUCUCCUUUCGGAUCUCAUUAACUUGGAUCUCUCUGAAUCCACGCAGAAAAUCAUUGCCGAAUAUGUUUGGAUCGGUGGAUCUGGUAUGGACAUCAGAAGCAAAGGCAGGACUUUACCUGGACCAGUUAAUGAUCCUGCUAAGCUUCCCAAGUGGAACUACGAUGGUUCAAGCACUGGUCAAGCCCCUGGUGAAGAUAGUGAAGUGAUCUUAUAUCCUCAGGCAAUAUUCAAGGAUCCAUUCAGAAGGGGCAAUAACAUUCUUGUUAUGUGUGAUGCUUACACUCCUGCUGGGGAACCUAUUCCAACAAACAAGAGGUACAGUGCUGCAAAGAUAUUUAGCAGUCCUGAAGUAGUUGCAGAGGAACCUUGGUAUGGAAUUGAGCAAGAAUAUACCUUGCUGCAGAAGGAAGUUAAUUGGCCUAUUGGAUGGCCGAUCGGAGGGUAUCCUGGACCACAGGGACCAUACUAUUGCGGGGCUGGAGCUGACAAGGCUUUUGGUCGUGACAUUGUUAACUCACAUUAUAAAGCCUGUCUCUAUGCCGGCAUUAACAUAAGUGGCAUCAAUGGAGAAGUUAUGCCAGGCCAGUGGGAGUUUCAAGUUGGUCCUGCCGUCGGCAUCUCUGCGGGCGAUGAGGUUUGGAUGGCACGCUACAUUCUAGAGAGGAUAACUGAAAUUGCUGGAGUGGUCCUUUCUUUUGAUCCAAAACCUAUUCAGGGUGACUGGAAUGGUGCUGGUGCUCACAGUAAUUACAGUACCAAGUCGAUGAGAAGUGAUGGAGGAUUCGAUGUUAUAAAGAAGGCUAUUGAAAAGCUUAAAUUGAGGCACAAGGAUCAUAUUGCUGCUUAUGGGGAAGGCAAUGAACGUCGUCUUACUGGGAAGCAUGAAACCGCAGACAUUAACACCUUCUCAUGGGGUGUAGCAAAUCGCGGAGCCUCUGUAAGGGUUGGCAGGGACACAGAGAAGGCUGGCAAAGGUUAUUUCGAGGACAGGAGGCCUGCUUCAAACAUGGAUCCUUAUGUCGUGACUUCCAUGAUUGCAGAAACAACCAUUGUGUGGAAGCCAUGAGGCCUAAACCAUAUUCUGCCGCAUCAUGGAUUUAUUCGCAUUCUUGAACGCUGGAGUCAUUUAGAUGAAGUGUACUCUCUUAUCAUUCUUAUAUAUCAGCUUCAUUAUCCUUUGACACAAAGCAGUGGAAUUUAUUUAGUCCAACGGUCGGUUGGUCCCGGACAUAUGAUUCUUCAUAGGAUUGUUCUUUCUUUGAUAAUAUUUGUUUGCCUCUGUCUGUCCAUCUUUUGCUAUUCAAAUCAAGGGCAAUCCAUUGGUGCCUAGGAAGUAAUCAUAUGCAUAUGUAUUUGUUUCAAGACC